AUGGUAACUUGUACAACUGACACAAAAACAACUACUGAUAGUAAUCAAUUUACUGGAGAUUGGACAAUUGCUGUAACAUUUUUAUCUGUUGAUGAUAGUUUGCAACCAACAGGCCCUUUUGAGUUAUAUAAAAGUAAAACAAAUGGUAAUGGUUCGAUUGAUAUUGUUAAUAUCCAUAGGUGUGAUCUCGCCUAUUACUUUUCAGGAUACAGUUGUCUGAUUACAAUUGUUAGAUCAACAAACAUAUCAUUUAUAGAUAUUGAUUUCACAUCUUCGGGUAAAUUGAAUUCAUUAACACCAGAAUUUUCAAUUGCUCAAAUUUCCAAUACAACAACAACAACAAUAUGGGAUGUUCAAACAUUGUAUUAUGGUGGAUAUGUUAUUUUAGUAGAGACUGUUCCGACUGGUAAUGUUGAUGGACACAUUUGUAGUAAUAAUGGCACCUAUUUUGGAAAUUGGAGCUUCUCAAGCCAAUAUCAAUACACUAAUAAAAUUGCAGGGGUUCUGCCUGACAAUACACUAUGGACAAUACCUAAACAACCAACUGGAAAUUGCUCUUGGACAUGUUUAUUGACUGAUACUUUAACCACUUAUAGUACAGUUCAGAGUAAUAAUAUUAGUUUUAGUAUUAUCGGUAAAUUUCCUGGUGGUCCUGGAGGUUAUGGAUCUGAUAGUAUAUUGUCAACAGUGCCAGAAAAAAAUUCAAGCAUAAUUUCUGCAAAUACUGAUUCAAUCACAAUAACUUAUACUAAAUCAGUUAAAAAAUCAUCAGGAAAUAUUAAUAUUUACCAAUUACGUUCUAGCACAAACAUUAAUAUUAAUAACAAUGAUGAUUACUAUGAUGAGAGUGAAGAUUUAUUGCGUCAAUCAUGCUCUGGUCAAUCUGAUUAUGUUCAAAUCGAAGGUAACACUGUUCAAGUCAAAAGAAAAAAAAAUUAA